ACUGUCAUGUGAAAGUAUUGUUUUGUCCAAUUUAUACUUUUUCAAUGAUUUCCUUACAUUAUUGCAUUUGGGGCUUGUGCGAAUCGUGGGAGUAUUGUUGCGGCGAUAAUGAAUGCUGUAAGGAGAGUGAUCUUAAUUCUUUACUUGUGACGGCUAUCAUAUUUGGAGCACUAAUUUUCGUCGCACUUUGCUGCGUCUGUUUCUACUGUGGCUCACGUCGGAAUUAUGCACCAUUUCUGAAGAGAUAUCUCAGAAUUAGUUACACAUUAAUGUCUUCGCAGGGAGGAAGUAAAACAAUAAAUCAGGAUACAACAGCUAAAGACUGUGUUGUACAAGUAGAAACAACAAAGGUGUCUUUGUAGUAGGCAUUGUUAUAUCCCAUUUUAUAAAUGCAACGGGAAAAGGACAUGAACUUUUUUAUGCCUUCUGGAACAAUAAAACUUAUGUUGAUAAGUAGUCUAUUGAUAAGGCACUAAAAUGUAUUCCUCAUGACUUUGCAAGAAAAAUAUAUUUUAUAAUGA